GUGUGUGUGUGUGUGUGUGUGUGUGUGUGUGUGUGUGUGUGUGUGUGUGUGUGUGUGUGUGUGUGUGUCACUGCCUGAAAGACUAAAGUUUGUCCUUUCUACAUAUAAUCCACAGACAUGUCUCAUACUCAUUGGUCUGAUUCUGAGGAAAUAAGCAGCCAUGCAUCCUGCUGGACAAUGAGCAAAAGGACUUUCUUUCUGCUGGUUGUUUUGGGAUUUUGUGCCAUGUGGCAGGAAGCAGACGCUGAGAUCAUCUUAGAUAAACCUGUACUCAGUGGUCCCUCGAAUAGUACUCUGGAUUCAGUUGAGGAGUUUUACUGCAAACUGGACAACAUCACAACAAACCAAACUAUUCUGUACCAGUUGUUUAACAAAGGAAAUUUAAAUAAGAUUUUGGGGGAAUACAGCGCUCACAACCAAGAGGAAGCCACGUUUCCUUUAGUUAUUAGACUUGAUUUGGAUGGACAAUUAAUAUGCAAGGCCAGUGUGCAAAACAAGUCCGAGAUCAAUUCCACCAACAGUGACUGGAUGAAAUUCCAAGUAAUUGUGCCUGUAAAAGGUGCACACAUCAUAUCAAGCCCCUCUUUGGAAGAUCUCUGGGAAGGAGACAGUCUGACUCUGCGGUGUAAUAUAACUGAAGGGAAUUUCGUAUUGUAUGACUGGUUCCUGGAUGAUAAUCCGCUCCUCAACGACAGCUCUAACAGCCAUCUACUUAUUCCAAGCCUUUCCAGCAAGAACAAAGGAAAAUAUGUCUGUGUUGCUAAAAACGACUAUAAUGAGACGUUAAAUUACACCAAUAAGAGUGAGGGAGUGGAUGUUCAUGUUAAAGUGUUUAACAAAAUAUCAACUGAGCUGGCAGCCAUCGUUUUCACCUGUUUCUCACUGCUGAUUUGUGCCGUGUUAGCGUGUUGUGUUUAUGGAGUGGUGUUACGAAAAAGGCAAGCCAGGAAAUAUAUUUUUAGAUUAAAAGACUUCACAGACAAGCAUAGUAUAGUGGAUGAUGAUGGUGUUUUUAAUAAGACUGAGGAGACUGGGGAGGACGAAUAUGAAGAAGAAGAAUAUGAUGACCUGGAUACAGAAGCAUAUAUUGAAGAUACAGAUGUUGUACAAGCCUCCAUGAUGGAAGACUUUUAUGAGGAACUGUGACUCACACAAUGACUCCACUGUUUCCUUAGGAAUGAAGAGGAGAAAGAGCCUGACUUAGAUAAUUACAGUUUCUGAAUAUUUGUUUGCUUGCUUGUUUGUAAUUUUAUGCCAUGCCAGCUACCAUGGCUAUUUUCCUGGUGGGAAACAGUUUUAAAUGGAGAAAAAAAAUCAACAAUUUACAAUUUUUUUUUUAAAGUUUUUUUUUUAAAAGUAAAUCUAAAACUAAGUAUUGCCUCAAUUCAUUCAAAAAUGUUCAUAUGAAUCAACCCAAUAAAAAAAGAGUACUAGGAGGAGUUGAAACCAUUACAGUCCAUUAAAAUAUGCAUCAAGAUACUGGACUUUGGCAUAAGGGGCAUAAACGAGGAUCUUCACCCGUUAAUGGAAACUUGUUAGUGAGUCUGGAGUGGCCUAUUCAGCAGCGGUAUAGAUGAUACUGUCCCAGAUUUAUUAAAUUUUUUUUGAAGACAUAAGUGUUUAUAAUGGGGUUGAGGUCUGACAGUGGAAUAAGGCAUUUUCUGAGCACUGAUGAUGAAGCCUCCUUAACAGCAGCAUCUGCUUGCUCAUUCCCUGGAAUUCCACAAUUCCCUGGUACCCAACAAAAAAUAAUGGCAAAAUUCUGUACUUCCAAAACCUCCAUUUAAAAUUUCUACAAGAGCUGGUUGUUCAUUUUUAAUGAAUUUGUAUUUUCUGAAUAUACAGUACAUUUAAAGAUACUGAAUAAUUUAAUUAUUGCAUAAUGUUUUAAUACAGUAGUGUUAAUGUUACAGAAAUAAACAUAACAUUGAAAAUCUGUUUUUUUUUUAAGAACUAGAAAUAAAACUGAAAGUUUUAGAAUAUUGGGAUGGAUUUGAUCUAAUAUGGAUCAUCAGGUUUUACACAAACUUGUGGAGUCUGUGUCAGAUCGAGUGGUACAGUCUGAGGAAGGUCAUAGUCUUGGUGAAGUUAGUUAACAAUUCUGCUUUUCUACUUUUCUGUCCUGUGAGUUUACUCAAAAAUGGCUGAUACACAAUAUAAAAAACACAAGCUCAUGGAGACACUGUAUAUAAUUUCUGUGUAAGAAACCCUUACAGUUGGGUUGAAGUUUUGUUUGUUGUUAUUAUCACAGUGGCAUUUAAUAAAAUCUUUAUGUUCUUUG